AUGGAAAAUCUAACUGUAAUAACAGAGUUUAUACUCACGGGACUGUCCAGUGAUCCACUCCUACAGCUUUUGCUCUUCUUGAUGUUUCUAAUAAUAUUUUUAGUGACCUUAUCAGGAAAUGCAGCAAUCAUGGUGGUGACCAGGAUUGACUCUAGUCUUCAGUCACCAAUGUUCUUCUUUCUCAGUCAUUUAGCUUUUGUGGACAUCUGCUAUUCAUCUGUCACUGUUCCCAAAAUGUUGGGAAACCUUAUAACAAUGCAGAAAACUAUAUCCAAGGAAGGUUGCAUUGCACAGAUAUUCUUCUUCUUUCAGGCUGCUUGUGCUGAGGUAUUCAUCCUAUCAUCAAUGGCUUAUGACCGAUAUGUUGCUAUAUGUGAUCCACUGCAUUAUACCACAAUCAUGAAAAAAGAAAUUUGCAGACAGCUGGUGGCUGGAGCCUGGACAUUCGGUUUCUUGUAUGCAUUGGUGAACGUCCUGCCUCUGUUAAACUUGCAUUUUUGCAUGAACAAUACCAUCAGUCACUAUUCCUGUGAGCUUCCAUCACUCUUAAUGUUAUCCUGCACUCCGACCCUCACCAAUUUCAUUGUUCUUCUUAUUUCUGUGUUUAUUUUUGGUGUAGGUUCAUUGUUCCUCACUCUCAUCUCUUACAUUUAUAUCAUUUCCUCCGUCCUGAAGAUUCAUUCAUCGGAAGGCAGACGUAAAGCCUUCUCCACCUGCAGUUCCCAUCUCAUUGUGGUGGGCUUAUUUUAUAUUGCAGCUUUUUUCCGGUAUAUGAAACCAAGUUCAGAUUCACUGAUAGUUCUAGACAAAGUGGUUUCUAUCCAGUAUAGCAUCUUAACUCCCAUGUUAAACCCUAUCAUAUACAGCUUGAAAAACAAAGAUAUAAAAAAUGCCCUUGCAAGAAUGUUUCAGAAAUGUAAAUUUCUUAGAUAA